GGAAGUGGAGGAACCCGCGAAUCAACGAGCGCCGCCGCGGCCGUGCCCCGUCCCGGAAGUGCCGUGCCAAGCUGCCGCCUUAAAGGGGCCGUGCUGCGCUGGUCUCCAUGGCGAAGGCCGGGCACGCCUGGAGCCGCGCGGCGGCGGCGCAGGGCGAGGCCGAGGAGGAGGAGGAUCCCCUGGAUGCCAGGAUCGCGCGGACCGGCUGCCUGGAGCAGCACCGGCAGCUGCAGGAGUGCAUGGCGGAGCGGCAGGACUGGCGGCACUGCCAGGAGCAGCUCCGCGCCUUCGGCGCCUGCAUGGCCCGGCGGCAGCAGCGGGAGCGCGGGCCCGGCCCGGCCCGGCCCACGGACUGACACCGCCCGACACUGACACUGACACUGACAAAGCCUUUUUGGUUUGAUUUUUAUCCAACCGCUUGGGAACCCACGUGGAACUGUUGGGAAAUUAAAUCUGGAACUUGUCA